AUUAGUGUUUUCUUUGCUGUCGAACGUAAACAACAUGCCGUAAACAAUUUUAAAAAAUUAAUUUAAGCUUUUAAUUUAAAUAGUUUACCUGUUCUGUUGCCUAUUUACAACAUAGAUAAACAAUAUAAAUAUGAAGAUUGCAAUUGAAGGAUGUGCUCAUGGAGAUUUAGAAAAUAUAUAUGAUACUCUUCAUAUCCUGGAACAAAAAAAUGGAUUUAAAGUUGACCUAUUAAUUUGUUGUGGCGAUUUUCAAUCUUCGAGGAAUGAAGACGAUUUAAUGUGCAUGGCAGUUCCACCAAAGUUUAAAGAUAUAUGUUCUUUCUACAAAUAUUAUUCCGGAGAAAAGGUUGCUCCAGUUUUAACGAUAUUCAUAGGAGGUAACCAUGAAGCUUCAAACUACCUUCAAGAAUUACCUUACGGUGGCUGGGUAGCUCCUAAUAUUUAUUAUAUGGGCUAUGCUGGGGUUAUUAAUGUUGCUGGUUUAAGAAUAGCAGGUCUUUCUGGUAUUUACAAAGGGCACGACUUUUUGAAAGGACAUUAUGAAAAAGCUCCAUAUUCAGAAAAUUCAAAAAGAACUGUUUAUCAUGUUAGAAAUUUGGAAGUUUUUAGAAUGAAACAACUAUCUGGUAAAAUUGAUAUAUUCUUAUCACAUGAUUGGCCGACUGAAGUAGUGAAAUUUGGAAAUAUUCAGCAGUUAUUGAAGAGGAAACCGUUUUUUAAGGAGGAUAUUGAAAAAGGAGAACUUGGUAGUAAACCUAACAAUGAGAUUCUUUACCAACUAAAGCCAACUUAUUGGUUUUCAGCCCAUUUACAUUGCAAAUUUGCUGCCCUAAUUCAACAUACAGAUAAUUCUGUGACUAAAUUUUUAGGAUUAGAUAAAUGCCUUCCAAAGAGAAGAUUCUUGCAAGUCUUAGAUAUACCUCACAAUAAAGAAUCAAAAAUAGAGAUAAAUUAUGACAUUGAAUGGUUGACAAUAUUGUAUUUAACAAAUCAUUUGUUAUCUGUUCGGAACACUUUGACUUACAUGCCUGGACCUGGCAUUAAUGAAAGGUAUGAUUUCACUCCAACUGAAGAAGAGAAAAGCCACGUCAUAGCGAGGUUCAACGGCAAUCUGGUAGUUCCAAAAACUUGUUACCUGACAGCCUCCGUUUACAAUCCGAACUCUUCUUCAAAAAAACCCAAACAACCAGAACCUGUUCUUAACCCACAAACUGUAACUUUUUGUGAACUGCUAGCUGUUGACGAUCCAAUAACACAAGUGUGCAAAAACGAAGGCGUCGAAUUGAAUGUGAGUGCGGAUUUGAAUUCCACAAUUAGUUUUAUAGAUGAUACUUUGGAUAGUGCCAAUUGUUCAAUUAAUUCAUCUCAGAAUAGUACUCCUAUGAAAAAGUUAAGUAGUUUUAACCUGCCUGAUCCAAAACUUGACGAAAGUGAUAGUAGUGAGGAUAUAGAAAGUAAGGAUAUUCCCGCUGAAGAAAGUGAAGAUGUAGAUCCUUUAAUUAAAAUAGAUGAUAAUAAAGCUAUUAUAGUAGUGCAAAGUGAAACUGAUAAAAAUCGUAAUUCGCCUACACCAAAAAAAUUUAAAAGAAGAAACGAAGGAUUUUAUACUACUGAUGAUAAAGAUAAAUAAUUUAGUUAGUGUUAAAGAA